UUUCUUUGUAGAUUUCCAGGCCACCCAGUUAGUGUCCCGAAACGUCGUUCAAGACAUGUCCAUGUACGAGACGAAGAGCAGAGUAAAUUAAUAUUAGUUAAUAGCCUUUGGCCGAGUCUCACGCGAACCGUGAAUUUUUUUUUUUUUUUUUUUUAAUAGUUCUUCUGACUUUGUUUCGAAGGAGCCCCAUUUCCUCAAAACGAUCCAACUUGCGUGGUAAGCAAGAUUGUCCGCCCUGGUACUCGAUGAAGAUGUCUCGAGGUCAGCAUCACAUAUUCCUGCUCCUGCCUGUGGCUGCGAUAAUAUGUCUGGCUUACUGGGUACAGGGGUCCUCUGCACGAUUAUGCACGAUCCAAAGAAGUCGUACAGUGCAGUCGUGUAGAGAAGUGGUGGAACAAUACCAGGAGGCGUACUACACAGUCUGUUGGAAUUGGGAUUUCUCUUGCACACUAUAUCGGGUAAAAUACCGAAAGGUACCACGGUGUACAUCGGUGUCGCAAAACUACACGGCUCACCAGUGCUGUGAUGGCUAUGUUGCACAGGGCGGCAACAGCAGUGUAUGUGUUCCUGCUGCAACAGAUAACCAUGGCGAGAGUCAAAACGGAACGGACGAUGGAGGGAGUGGUGACGUGAGUAGUGAAAAAAAAGAAUGUAGGAAAGUCUGCCACAAUGGCGGGUCGUGCUCAUCACCCAACAAAUGCACAUGUGCCACUGGCUGGAAAGGAAAAAAGUGCCAGACAUCUGUGUGCAGCAGCCCAUGUUUGAAUGGUGGGAGGUGUACUGCACCGUCUACAUGCAGUUGUGAAGCAGGGUACACAGGGUCUACGUGUGGUGAUGCUAUAUGCAGCAGCCCGUGCUUGAAUGGUGGGAGAUGUACUGCACCGUCUACAUGCAGUUGUGCAGCAGGGUACACUGGAUCUACGUGUGGUGAUGCUGUGUGCACCAGCCCAUGUUUGAAUGGUGGGAGGUGUACUGCACCGUCUACAUGCAGUUGUGCAGCAGGGUACACUGGAUCUACGUGUGGUGAUGCUGUGUGCACCAGCCCGUGCUUGAAUGGUGGGAGGUGUACUGCACCGUCUACAUGCAGUUGUGCAGCAGGGUACACUGGGUCUACAUGUGGUGAUGCUGUGUGCACCAGCCCGUGCUUGAAUGGUGGGAGGUGUACUGCACCGUCUACAUGCAGUUGUACAGCAGGGUACAUUGGAUCUACGUGUGGUGAUGCUGUGUGCACCAGCCCGUGCUUGAAUGGUGGGAGGUGUACUGCACCGUCUACAUGCAGUUGUGCAGCAGGGUACACCGGGUCUACGUGUGGUGAUGAUAUUGAUGAAUGCGUUACUGGUGCUGCAGGUUGUGAACACGGUUGUCAGAAUACUUUUGGCCGAUACACCUGUGGCUGUAGAAGGGGAUAUAUGCUGAUGAAUGAUAAUCACACGUGUGCAGACAUUCCCGAGUGUUCCCGUGACAACGGCGGUUGUGAGCACCAGUGCAUCGAGGAGCUGGGCUCAUACCGAUGCCAGUGCAAUGCCGGGUAUGCCGCCGAUCGCUACAACUCCACUCGGUGCCAUGAUAUUGACGAAUGCAAUCCGGAUCGCAAUCAUUUGAUCGCAGAGUCGUCAGUGCCUGCGCGAUCCCCGUGCGAGCACCGCUGUCGGAAUCGUGAAGGUACCUACCGCUGUCGCUGCUCAGCACUAUUCAAGUUACGGGAUGACAAACACAAAUGUGAAAGAUGCAUCACAUGCAAGACUUUCGCUGAGCUCAAAGAAACAGUUGACCGACUACUGCUCGAGGUGUCUGUAUUGAAACAGGAAGUCUCUCACCUACGACCUGACUCACCCAGUGCUCCACCAUCCAAUUGAGAUGUUCGAUAUUACCCAUGCCCGCCUGAGACACUGGAUAUAUAGCAGGCAGAGGCGGAAGGACAUUGCCAAUGAGUUGGCUUACGCGGAGCACAAUCCCUAAAACACCCUAGAUGCAGUUCACAGAGUUUGCGUUAGCUCGAUUUCGUCAAGCAGUCACAGGUUACAAAUGCAAUCUCUCACAUCCAUGAUCCACCUUAUAUUAAGAGUCACACUUCAUCUCUAACCAAUCCCAUUAGCCGAAAUUUGUCCGUAAUUCCUCCUUUUACCAAUUUGGCACUUCUCCCGUAGAGCAAUUCUAAGUAUCCUGAUGCAUGUUGUAUGUCAGGUCCACUUCCUAAGUAACAUUUACCUCGACGCUUCCAGUACUACACACGUUGCUUGUAUGUGCACUUCUCACACCUUCCCUAGCGCCUAGGGCUCUAUUUUGUCACAAGCUGGCGUCUGUUCUAACUAUGUAUUUUAUUCUCUGCAUGUAGAAUCAGACCUUACCGAUCCCAUCAUCCCAUCUCCCUUCACAGCGUGUAGCCGUAGAUCUACAGCGUGAGGACACAGCCUGUUGGGGCGGGGAGCAGUGUAACAAGACCAAGCCACGGGUGUGUGUUCGUGAUCACCCGUAGCCCAAUUGGCAGUGCACUCUCCGGAGAAAACAGGGGUGCUGGGUUAGAAUCCCGCUCGUGGGUCCUUCUUUUGCGAAAAUCAGAGCUUGAAAACCCGCUACUUUCAAAACGAAUAUUGUGGCUAAUUAUCCCUGUGGCAGGACUCUUCUGCAGGCCCAGAAGUCAGGUUGACUUUUGGACCAUUUCUGGUACGCCACUGUAUAAGUAACUUACUUUCAAAUUCUCGUUCAAAUUCUUAUUAUUUUCUUCUCAUUGUUUUACAAAGUCGAUCUACAACACAAUUUGUGACAAAGGAACCCUAUUGGCAAAUUUGAGCGAAAUCGGACAGAUCAACUUGUACACAUACACUGUUAGGAGA